AAUGAGUUAAAAGCUUAAAAUUAGAAAGCCUGCUCCAGCCUUUACAGCCACAGCUUAUGUUAAUGGAUCAUUUAAGAAAGUGUCACUUUCAGAUUUCAAAGGCAAAUACUUAGUCUUAUUCUUUUAUCCAUUGGACUUCACUUUUGUUUGUCCAACUGAGAUCAUUGCUUUUUCUGAUAGAGUUGAAGUAAUUCUUUUAAUCUUAACUUUUAAUAGGAAUUCAGAAAGAUUGGAUGUGAAGUUGCUGCUGUUUCAGUUGAUUCACAUUUCUCACACAUGAAGUAUUGCCAAACCCCAAGAAAUCAAGGAGGAUUGGGUGAUAUGUAAAUUCCAUUGAUUGCUGACUUAGGAAAAGUAAUCAUUAUAUAUAAUGAAUUUUCUAGACUAUUUCUGCUGAUUAUGGAGUUCUAAUUGAUGAUCCUUAAGAUGGAGAUUUUGGAGUUGCAUUCAGAGGCACAUUCAUAGUUGAUAAGAAUGGUGUUCUUAGACAUUAUUCAGUCAAUGAUUUACCAGUUGGAAGAAAUGUCGAUGAAACAUUGAGGUAAUAAAUGACACAUAUAUAAUUUUCUAGAUUAGUAUAAGCAUUCUAAUUCACUGAUGAACACGGUGAAGUUUGUCCAGCCUCAUGGAAACCAGGAAAACCAACUAUGGUUCCUGAUCAUGGAAGUUAAAAGCUCUAAUAAUAUUGGACAGAAGAACAUGCAAAGAAAGAAUGAAU